GUCUGCCAUUUCCAGAGCAUGUAGGAGCUGUUGAAGAGGAAUGUGGUCAUGUCAAUGUCACCUGGAAGAGCAAUCACGUCAUAGAACCAGUGAACACAACCAUCAGUUGGCGUGGGGUCCACAGCAGUGGAGCCAGGCACUAUGAGAGAGGUAGUUCUGAAGACUCUCAUCUACUAACAUUAGACUACUCUGAGACUGGACC